UGCCUGGUCCUGCCCGCAGGGGAGUGUCCCUCAUUGCAUGAGAAGGAGAAUGAAAUCUCUGUGGCUUUUCCUUUCCCUGCUCUCUGUCCUCUCCUGUGUCCACUCCCAGGUGCAGCUGGUCCAGUCCGGCCCAGGAGCGGCGAAGCCUGGAGAGACCCUCACCCUGAGCUGCGCUGUCUCCGGGGUCUCUAUCUCUGCUCAGAAUUCUGUUUGGCACUGGAUCCGGCAGCCCCCCGGGAAAGUGCUGGAGUGGAUGGGGUAUGUGUACUCAUAUAGCGGGGCUACAGGCUACACCUCGUCUCUCCAAGGCCGAACCACCAUCUCUGGAGACACCUCCAAGAACCAGGUCUCCCUGCAGCUCCGCUCGCUGACAGCUGCAGACACCGCCAGCUAUUACUGCGCCAGAGAGCCCCACAGUGACACAGAGCAGAGUGUCCUCUCCCAGGUGCGGCUGGUCCAGUCCGGCCCAGGAGUGGUGAAGCCCGGAGAGACCCUCACCCUGACCUGUGCUGUCUCCGGGUUUUCCAUCACUAGUGCCGGUUAUGGUUGGCACUGGGUCCGGCAGCCUCCUGCCAAAGGGCUGCAGAGGCUGGCAUGGGUUAAUUCCAGCAACGGGGGCACAGGCUACGCCCCGUCUCUCCAGAGCCGCCUGCGCUCGCUGACAGCUGCGGGCACCGCCACCUAUUACUGUGCCAGACACAGACUGGCAGGACUGGUACAAAACCAGAGCAGCUUGUACGCAGCCUGGCGAGGCGAGUUUAGCGGGGAUCGCUGA